UAUUAUCUGUGGCUGGUGCCGUCACCUACGAAUUGUUAAAAAAUUUGCUAUGAAAGUUAUGAAAUGUUUUUAUUUUGAGCACGUUCUUUUACCAUAUUUGUCACCUCCAUCUGCGAAAUGAAGUGUUUCCGCGAUAUUGAAUGUUGAGUGCAUACCGUGGACUGCCCGAAUCUAUGUGAAUAUCUACAGUGCAAAUACUAUUGGAACACUUGUAUGUUUUGUAAUUAAAUUGCACGCCCACAUCUUAAGUUUUGGGUGGUGCUGUAGUGAUGAUAGAGUUACUAAGUUCUUGAUUGCUAGAUUAGUGCAGUAAAAUGUCUCUUCAAAAAAGUGUAAAGAGUGUUGGUGGAGAUCAGGACACUACAUCAAUAUGUUCUUCCGUCACCACGCAGCCAGAUAGACACGGUUUCUUUGGAGGAGCUCAAUAUAGUCCAGAACCAAAAAGGACUGUAUCGCCAAGUACAAUACUGAAGCGGGAACAAAAGUGGCUCCGAAUGCUGAACAACUGGGAGGCGUUCAUGAGCAGGAAUUAUAAGAAGGUUCGAGAGAGGUGUCGGAAAGGCAUACCAGCGUCAGUGCGACCAAAAGCGUGGCUGUAUCUAUGCGGUGGCCAAUUGCUGUUGGAGAAACAUCCGAACGAGUACGAGGAGCUGCUGCAAGCGCCCGGCGAUCCGAAGUGCAUGGAGGACAUCAGGAAGGACCUGCACAGGCAGUUCCCAUACCACGAGAUGUUUAUACGCGAGGAGGGGCUCGGGCAACAAGAGCUGUUCUCAGUGCUGAAAGCGUAUUCAGUGCUGAAUCCGAAGGUGGGCUACUUCCAAGCGCAGGCGCCGGUGGCCGCGUUCCUGUUGAUGCACAUGCCGUCCGUGCAGGCUUUCUGGUGUCUGGUCAGCAUCAGCGAUAAGUACCUUAGCGGGUACUACAAUCCUGGCUUAGAGGUGUUACAACGCGACGGUGACAUCCUACACGCGUUAUUACGUCGCACGGCACCGGCAGUGCACCGGCACUUGGCGAAGCACCGCGUGGAGCCCGUGCUGUACGCGACCGAGUGGUUCCUGUGUGCACUCACUCGGACUCUGCCGUGGGACAGCUUGUUGCGAGUGUGGGACUGCUUCCUGUGUGAGGGGGUCAAGGUUCUAUUCAAAGCGGCGCUAGUGAUCCUAGCGGGAGCCCUAGGUCCUGCGAAAGUCCGUAAACGAGCGAACGGCCUCUGCGAAACACUAGAAGUACUCAGACACCCUCCAGAGAGUGUACUUGGAGAAGAGUACCUGAUGUAUCACAUGCAGAGGCUCAACUUAACUGAAGAGGACUUCGAGUUCGAGCACCAGCGGCAGACCGCCAGGAGGAGGGCCCUGGCUAAUAGAAGCGGCAGCUGAUUCAGCGAGUGUUCCUACAAGCGUUAUUCCAAGAAUAACGCUAGGGACAUAUUCCACACUCUGUGAGCGAACGCCACAAUGGACCUUAUGUACUGUUUAUUAAGUGCGGUUAUAGCCUGCUGACCAAACGAAUUGACUUGAAAUGUGUAUAUACUAGUGUAUGUGCGUCACUUUAUUCAGUAUAAGAAACAUAUUAAUAAAGAUGUAUUUUUUAUGGUAAUUGAAUGUGUUUUGUCUCUUUUGCUCUCGAGUCGUGUGGUGUGUGGAAAGAGACAAAACAUUUUGAAGGUUCAAUCAAUGUUUUGUUUCUUUUACUCUCGAGUUAUAGACUAUAUGAAGGAAAGAGAAAACAAUGUGUAAGAUAUUAAACCAAGCUGUAAUAGUAUGAUUUCUAUUGUAUUUAAUUGCAAUGUUUAAUUAGAAAUCGGAAUUUAUUCGAAUUCUGCAGUUUAUAUUGGUGAUUUUAAUAAUAAUAAAGUGGUAAUAUCAAUUAUUAUUAUUAAUAUUUAAACCAAUGCGUGUACAAAUUUAAUUAAUCAGUAAUCAUUGUAAAAAUUCCAUUUCCUUUUUAUAUAUUAAUAUUGUAUGGGAUUCGGGAUGGGAUUGGGAGAAUCGAGUCAUUUCGUUAUUUACCCAAAACUUUAUAGUUCUUUAUUAUUCUAUUCUAGAAACUUUUUUACGAAUAAACUUUUUUUAUACAUAUAUAAAGUGGAUUAUUUUUAUUAAAUAGUCGAAGUUUUGUAUUAUUAAGCACGGUAUGCCUCAUGCAAAAGUAUUAUUGUUAAUUUUAAAUAUGCCUCUAGUUGACAAAUUUCUUCUUAAAUACCGAUGUUUGCGUGUAUUUAAACUUUUUUUUAAGGAAAUUAAAAAGAAAGCGAAUAAAUUACCACACAAAAUAGAACAAUUUUGAUACUACUCAUGUUGGUAAGUAGCCGGAUAGUUGACACCUCUUUUUUUGUUUUUAAAAAUGUUUGAAAUGUAAUGAUAUCGGUUUUUUAUGAAGUACUUUGGUAAAUGCGAGGCACAACACUAAAAUAUAUGGCACAUUCAAAUUGCUUAAACACUGCCUUAUAUAAAUACAUUCCUGUUUUCAACCGCUUUUUCAUCACGUUUUUGUAAUUAUAUUUUUGAAUGUGCUAUUAUUUUUAGUGUAAUCUUAUAAAAUAUUAAUUAUUCAGUUUAGAUUG